CAUUGUAUUUUGUAACGGCAGGAAGUAGAUACUAUAAAUAUUGUGAUUAUAUUUCAUUCGAAAACAAUAAAUACAAAUCAUAUUUAGUACAAAUGUCGGCAUUUAAAGCUUUACGCGAUGUCAGUAAUAAAUUUGAAAACGAACUACGUAAAUUAUCAACGGAAUUAUUUUCUGCAAAAAUUGACGAUGCCUUCGAAGAUAAUAUCUCUAAGAAAAUGCGAGACCUAGCUUUGUUUAAUUCAAAAUUAAGACUAUUACAGGCGAAGCCUUUGUCCGUCACACCACAAGUUACCGAGAUUCCCAAGAAUGAACAAACGACAAUCAGUGAUUAUACGGACACAGUGACGUGGAAGAUAAUAGAGCAACAGGUGGUUAAAACAUUAACUCAGACGCACGCCGUGAAGAACUUAAUCACAACGUCAAGUCGGGACUUGGAUCCGGAGUUAGUUGAAAGAAAAGAGAAAAUCAUUGAACAAUUACAAAAGUAUAGAGAACAUGAAUCUCAACUCCGACACUUAGAAGCGGUGCUCCAGGAGAAGGAGGAUGAACUUCUGCAUACCAGACAGAUAUGGGAUGAAUCGUUAAGCAAGUUGAAAGACAGCCAAAAGUUACCGCAAAAUGAAGAAAUUGCUACUGGGCCCUUGUAUAAAAAACUUCAAGUAUUGAUCAGUAAGAUGGAACUGAUGCGUUGGCUCAUAGCCAAAUUGGUGACGUCACGAACAGGGGGCUAUGACUGGGCCACGGAUCCCCACAAACGAUUGAACGCCUUAGCAUUGGCAAGACAGCACCACACCAUACAAGAUUAUACUGAAAGUUGAU